GCGACCACACAACUAACGGGAACGAGUCGUCUUAAAAGAAAAAUUACAAUUUACGUAUCUGUAUUCAUACGGGGGACACAUAACUACAAUCUACGCUUUAUAUACGAACAAAAGAGCCUUACAAUACGCCUACAUGGUCGCUGCGGCUCCAGCAAGGAGAGGAAACCGCGGCGGAAUAUAUGACGCCUUAGUGAGCCACAGGUGGGCGAGGAAGCCAUUCUGAGGAGAGACGCGGUGACGAGUACACCUGUGUGCGGCUCUUUUUACCUCCUUCUCUACCUCGUCUGGCCCUCUACACCCUCACCUCCUGUCCCGUUAACGAUCAACACGACAGAGUUAUUGCUACCGAGUUAAAGAACGGUUAUAUCUGGCCACAAGAGCGGCGAGUGUGGUGUUAAGUGUAUUAUAACACUCCAGCUUCCAUUCCUCGUGAGUGACCUUUGGAAUCCUCCAGUGUUCUCGUGAGAAUUAUUUCCUUCCCCGUGGGAGAUUAUUCUAAGAACUUGGUUAAUACGUUUAAAAUGAGAGGAUAAUAUGCACGUUGAACGGGAAAAAGUGCAUUUGGAGGAGUGUUUCACCUAAGUGAUAAAAUAUUUGUAGAAAUCCCAGUGAAGUUAUCCCUGUCGUAAGGCCCAAGGCCGCCCGCCCUCUCGUCUCCACAACACAUCAUUCAAGCUAUUCUUUCAACCUAUUUACCCAUACGCUUCCUCUGAUAGUAACAUAAAAGUGUCUCAAUUAAUUAAAAUCGAUUAAAACCAUAAACCUUGAGCCAAAACCCCCACCGUCUUAAGUGUCCAAGAUCUAUACACACAAAAAAGAUCACUUUGGGCGUGUCUCUGGAUCUGAGUAAGUGAACCAGACUCGCGAGGAACAGUUAUAAAGAUGAAGAAGCUGGAGAAGAACAUAGAGUACGCCGACCAGACCCACGUCCACACCACCAACUACAUGAGGAACUCCAAGGCAAUAGGUGUUCUGUGGGGGGUGUUCACCAUCUGUUUCGCCAUCAUCAACAUCGUUGUCUUCGUACAGCCCCAGUGGAUAGGUGACACCCAGGACUCCAAAGGCACAGGGUACUUCGGGCUGUGGCAGUGGUGUGCGGUGGGGCACGUGGGCGGGGAGCUGGAGUGCCGGGGCAAGCUGGACGACUUCACCAGCCUGCUGAACACUCCCUCCAAGGCCGCCACCAUCCUCGUGGGCCUCUCCGUCGUCCUCACCCUCCUCUGUAUCUGCACCAUGCUGCUCUUCUUCUUCUUCCGCUCCUCCACCGUCUUCCACAUGGCCGGGUGCAUGCAGCUCCUCUCAGCGUUGCUGUUACUGGUGGGCGUGGUGGUGUUCCCCGCCGGGUGGGCCGCCGGUGAGGUGAGAGAGGUGUGCGGCCCCACCGCUCGUCAGUACAAUGUGGGCGAGUGUGAGGUGCGUUGGGCCUACAUUCUCGCCAUUAUUGGCAUUCUCGACGCUGCUGUGCUGUCCGCUCUCGCGUUUGUCCUUGCUACCCGACAUGUCAAGCUGCAGCCGGAGCCCGAGCCCAUCUAUGGCGGGUCUGUGUACAAAGGUCAAAUGAACGCGGGCUUCGUGGGUGACGCUGGAAGCCUAGGUGGGUCUAGGAAGUCCCUCAACCUGCAGCCUGUUAUGCUGAUGCCUCACCCGGACCACGACCGCUUCUCCGAAUACUCCCACCACACUGCUCGCUCCAAGGCUUCUGCGUACAGGGCUCACUAUGCUUCAUCUGUACAGAACUUCCAGUUAUAGGACGACCAUCUCUGGGGGGGGGGGAUAGUAGGAAUUUUUAGAUUAUAUCAAUUAUGCUUUUAUUCCACAUUGCCCAUCGGCUUUUAAUUGAUCGGUACAGCGACGGCAUCGCUUCUUGGGGGGUUUUUGUUCGAUCCUCAAUGGUACAAGUGGGUAGGCACUGUUCCUUAAUUCACUACGUCUUUAUAUCCCAGCUUUCAGUCUGUCCUUAUAUCUCAGCCUUUCGUCCAGUGAUUUCCAUCCUGUUUUCUUUGGUAGAACCCUUGGUAUAUAUCAUAGAAUCUCAGGAACCUCCAGCCUGGCUGACACAUUUGGUUCGACAGAGGUAAACUGCAAAAUAGACGUGUAAAGCAGUAGGGUUAAUAAAUAAUAAUUGACUCACACUGUUCAAUAAAAUAUUACGAGAGUAUUUAAUGCCAAUUUCUUUUUACUAAUUACUUAUUACUCAUUUUACUAAUUGUUAAUGGGCAGACUAUUCGGAAUUUUCAAUGUUGCUAUACAUAUUAGAACUGAAGGGGGUUUGAAUGCCUGUGUAAAUAGGUUUGUAGAUAGAAAUGGUCUAGCCUUAAUAUUCGGCUAGUAAAUAUGUAUUAUAAAACAUCUUUCUUAAAUUAUAGUGCAAGGUUACUGUAUCAGUUCAACACAGAGUAAUUGUUAAU